AUGACAACAACAAUACUCAUCAGAUCCGAUGCUUUUGACCGUCCAGAGGUCCAACACUUGCUACAUCACCACUUCACCGAACUUCGAAGUCAAGGUCGCCCUGAGACAUCUUUUGCGCUGGACCUAACCGCUUUCCAGAACCCGUCCAUUGCUUUGUAUACCGCCUGGGAGGGCGACAGCCUAUUAGGCUGCGGCGCGUUGAAAGAACUCAGUCCGACGCACGGAGAGAUCAAAUCGAUGCGGACAGUCCAGGGUCACUUGCGGAAAGGCGUUGCCAAGGCUAUAUUGAAGCAUAUCAUUGCCGAAGCGAGGGAGAGGGAGUACCACUCGUUGAGUCUGGAGACGGGGACGGACGGGAGGUUUGAGGCGCUCGGCAGUUGUAUCUGGGGAUGGGGUUUGAGCUCUGCGGGCCUUUUGGGGGAUAUAGCAGUAGUGAUGAUAAUAUGUUUCUGA